CAUUCAUUGCACCAUGACUAAAAGAGUGCGGGGCUGAAUUGCCCGUUGAUUACAAUUUGAUGUGGCAGCAUUUAUCAUGAUUCGAUGAAAAAGUAUCAUUUCAUUUUCAAUCUCCAUCAUGAUUUCAGCUUUUUGAUAAAAAUAUACCCCCUUUCUCCUACCGCUUCACAAUGGAUACCUCCUCUACCAAUCAAUCAAGUCCUUCUCGUACGGCAACACGUACAUUGGCCAUCUUGACCCAUUCAGCCUGCUCAGAACAUCGUUCAGCCAUUCAAGCAGAAAUCACAUCAAAAGGUUUUGCUAUCUUGAGUGAACGAAAAGAACAAUGGUCAAGUCAAGAUGAUGUCGACUUUUUACACGAAUUCUUGAGGGAUCCUUUAGCCUCGCCUACUUCCAAUGAUACACAAAAUAGGACAUGGAUGAAAGCCUUGACCGAUCAUCCGAUCUAUGUAAUGGUGCUUGAACGCAAUCGUGCUGCUGAAUUAUGGCAAGAGAUGUGUGGAACAAGCAAAGAUAAUUCCGGUUUACGAUCUCAAUACGGAGAAGAUGCAGUAUAUGCGCCUUCUGCACGUCUUGCAAGCCGUCAGAUUGCGAUUUGCUUUCCUGAAUUGGCAACAUCGGAAGCCUUGGCCGCUUUACAGCUUGAUAUAGAAGAUCCACCAAACACAAUUAUGGCGACAGACAGCAAUGGUGCGUUCUUGGUGCGCGAAGAUGAUGAUAUAGUGUAUGACGAAAAAGGCCAAGCAUUUGAUGCUCACAACGGUGAACCGCUAGAACUGCAGGAAGAACUGGUCAUUUCAAAAGAAGCUCUUCCCAGUACUUCCUCAGACGAUCAUACUAGACCUCUCGAGCCACAACGUGUAUUCAAAGCUAGACCUUUGCCUGCCUCACACAAGCAAGCAACCAGUCAACCUCGUCUUUCGCGUGCUGCAGCUUUGAGGAUGGGUGUCGCACUUCCUGAAGCACCAAAGAAGGCCGUCAGUAAUGUAUCUUCUGGUGAUAUGUCCAAUAGAGGUAUUUCUGGCUUACCAAAGGCCAAUGUUGCCAUUCCAAAAUCCCUACAAGCACCAACUAUUGCACCACGAAUGAAUCGUAGUGCAGCUGCUAGAACGAACAAAGGUGGAAGUGUGAGCAAUAAUGCUCAAUCUGCACCUUCUGAAUCAGGAUCUUCGGUAAAAGAACGUAAACCGGUGGAUUUUAGCAAUACACCCGGUCAUAAAAGAGUCUCAACUGGUGGCUUUAAAUUGGCAAGCCUGGCAGCUCCUGCCGUAGCACCACGAUUAAAUAAAGCAGCAGCAGCAAGGACUGGCGGUCAUUCAGGAUCCGCAUCUACACAGUCGCCCGAGCGGAUCCGUGUCCAACGUCCUGCAUCUGUCUCUUACGGGUCCGAAACAAACAAAAGUGAUUCUCCAAUCGUACGUAAACAGAUUGACUUUAGCAAUACGCCAGGACACAAACGGGCAAGCAUGUCAACCAGUACAUUAAAGAGCCUUCAAGCGCCUUCAAUUGUACCAAGAGGUAAUCGGGCUUCUUUGGCCCGUGUUGGUGGUAACGCAAACGACGCAUCCUCUUCACCAGAAAGAAGAAGCGGUACAAACGGAAAGACAACAAUCACAGCCGCAGAUACGACGGGAAAGGAAAAUAGAUCAGGGCGUACGUCUGUUACAUCUACUCAAACCAAUAAGCUACCUUCUGGACGUCUUUCAGUAGCGUCUACGACUACAAGGGACGUUCGUACGAUCUCAGGACGUGCUUCUGUUGCUUCUACACGAGAUGCACGGGAAAGGAAGCCAAUCGAUUUCAGUAACACGCCUGGGCACAAACGUGCAAGUCAAUCGAUUUCCAUAGCUUCAUUAGCACAGCCAACGAUCGCUCCUCGCAGUAAUUCAGCCGCUCAAAAACGCCUAAGUGUUGGAGCAGCCCCUUCGAAGGCGUCAACGGGAACUUCUGGGCGAAUGGCUAUUCGAAAUGGCGCACCUCCUUCUUCUUUUCGCGUUUGAUUAACAUGGCAAAGAGUUUUGUCAAACUUUGUGUUCAUAUGAUAUUCUAUAAGCCCCAUUUUGUGGCUUUUUUGAAUUGCCGUAAUCCUGUAUCUCGGAUUGAUAUUCGCUUGGUCGACUUAUAUCCGAUCUGUAAUUUCUAUGACAAAUUUACGCCGGUGUCAAUUUGAUGGUUGUGUUUAGAAGAUA